GGGCGGGGCGGGGUCUCGCGCUGUCCUGGGGCUGCUCUUAGGGCCGGGCUCGCGCUGGGACUGCAGAUACCCGACUUCGCCGCCGCCCUCACCGCCUCGGCCGCCGCCCGCGCUAGCAGCAGUCACCAUGAACCCAGAUCUCCGCAGAGAGCGGGAUGGCGCCAGCUUCAACCCGGAGCUGCUUACAUACAUCCUGGACGGUAGUCCCGAGAACACCCGGCGCCGCCGAGAGAUUGAGAACAAGAUUCUGAAUGACCCAGACUUCCAGCACGAGGACUUGAACUUCCUCACUCGCAGCCAGCGUUAUGAGGUGGCUGUCAGGAAGAGUGCCAAUAUGGUGAAGAAGUUGAGGGAGUUUGGCAUCGCAGACCCUGAUGAAAUCGUGUGGUUUAAGAAACUGCAUUUGGGCAAUUUUGUGGAACCUGUGAGCCUCAAUUACUCCAUGUUUAUUCCCACCUUGCUGACUCAGGGCACCACUGCUCAGCAAGAGAAAUGGCUGUUCUCAUCCCAAGGACUGCAGAUAAUUGGCACCUACGCCCAGACGGAAAUGGGCCACGGAACACACCUUCGAGGCUUGGAAACCACAGCCACGUAUGAUCCUGAAACCCAAGAGUUCAUCCUCAACAGUCCUACUGUGACCUCAAUUAAGUGGUGGCCUGGUGGGCUUGGAAAGACUUCAAAUCAUGCGAUUGUUCUUGCCCAGCUUAUCACUCAGGGAAAGUGCUAUGGAUUACAUGCCUUUAUUGUACCUAUUCGUGAAAUUGGGACCCAUAAGCCUUUGCCAGGUAUUACCGUCGGAGACAUCGGCCCAAAAUUUGGUUAUGAUGAGAUGGACAAUGGCUACCUGAAGAUGGACAACUAUCGUAUUCCCAGAGAAAACAUGCUGAUGAAGUAUGCCCAGGUGAAGCCUGAUGGCACGUAUGUGAACCCCGUGAGCAACAAGCUGACCUAUGGGACCAUGGUGUUUGUCAGGUCCUUGCUCGUGGGAGAAGCUGCUCGGUCUCUGUCUAAGGCGUGCACCAUUGCCAUCCGAUACAGCGCCGUGAGGCACCAAUCAGAAAUCAAGCCAGGUGAACCAGAACCACAGAUUUUGGAUUUUCAAACCCAGCAGUAUAAACUCUUCCCACUCCUGGCCACGGCCUAUGCCUUCCAGUUUGUGGGUGCGUACAUGAAGGAGACCUAUCACCGGAUUAAUGAAGGCAUUGGCCAGGGGGACCUGAGCGAACUGCCUGAGCUUCACGCCCUCACUGCUGGGCUGAAGGCGUUCACCUCGUGGACGACAAACAGUGGUAUCGAGGCAUGCCGGAUGGCUUGUGGUGGGCACGGCUACUCCCACUGCAGUGGUCUUCCGAAUAUUUACGUCACCUUCACCCCAACCUGCACCUUUGAGGGAGAAAAUACUGUUAUGAUGCUACAAACGGCCAGGUUCCUGAUGAAAAGUUACGACCAAGUGCACUCAGGGAAGCUGGUGUGUGGCAUGGUGUCCUACUUGAACGACCUGCCCAGUCAGCGCAUCCAGCCCCAGCAGGUGGCGGUCUGGCCGGGUAUCGUGGACAUCAACAGCCCUGACAGCCUCACCGAAGCAUACAGACUGCGUGCAGCCAGAUUGGUAGAAAUUGCUGCGAAAAACCUUCAAUCUGAAGUGCUGCACAGGAAAAGCAAGGAGGUCGCAUGGAACCUAACUUCCGUUGACCUCGUUCGAGCAAGUGAGGCACAUUGCCACUAUGUGGUAGUUAAGCUCUUCUCAGAAAAACUCCUCAAAAUUCAAGAUAAAUCUAUCCAAGCUGUCUUAAGGAAUUUAUGUCUCUUAUAUUCUUUAUAUGGAAUCAGUCAGAAGGCUGGGGAUUUUCUUCAGGGGAGCAUCAUGACAGAGUCUCAGAUCGCGCACGUGAACCAGCGUAUAAAGGAGUUGCUCACUCUGAUUCGCCCUGAUGCCGUGGCCCUGGUGGAUGCCUUUGACUUUCAGGAUGUGACUCUUGGCUCUGUGCUUGGUCGCUAUGAUGGGAAUGUGUACGAAAACUUGUUUGAGUGGGCCAAGAACUCCCCACUAAACAAAACACAGGUCCAUCAGUCUUACUACAAGCACCUGAAGCCGCUGCAGUCCAAACUCUGAAGCACGGGGACAUAUGUAACCUGUGCUGGCAAGCAGCUGUAUGCCUCCCUUCACACCUGACACACAUCUGCGUGGAGUUCUUUAUCAAACUCAAAUAGCCGUAGAGCAGAUGAUAAAUUGACCCCUUUCCUCUUUUCAUAAGUGAAGAGAAAAUGAAGAGAUUUCCGAGAUUAAAUGGGAGGAAAAAAAGAAAAAUAAAACGUAUUUUAAAGUGCAAUUAACACUGGAAGAGACCUAGUAAGCAUUGGAAAUAGUGUAAGAAAUGCAGUAUAACUCCUCUUUGUAAUGCUGUUAAUCCUAGUUGGCUGUAACUUUUGAUAAUUGGCAGAACUUAACUACUAAGUAGUUAAUUAUUUUCACAGUUUAAUUGCUAAUCACUGGGUGUAAAGUGUUUUAAAAACAAAGGUAUUUUUUAGGUAGAGUAGAACCCUUCUGAGCUUUCUUGCUAAAUCUCCUGCCACUCCUACAAGGGAGCCUGGCUGAAAAGCAGGACUAAAGGGAAGCAAUUAGAGGAAGAAGCUAGUCAGAAAGCUUGCUGUCGGUGAGGUGGUGCCUGACACAUCCUGUGUGUGAGUGCUCCCCUUUGCUGAUAGUUGCUCCUGACUAUUUUAGUAACAUUUUCGGACAGUAGGACUUCUUUCAGCAUAGGCCUGCUGCGGACCAUUGUGUCAUGUAAUAAGGAGCUGGUCUUCCAUCCAGAGGGUCCUGAAAGUGUUGCUCCAUUUGUCCCCCACUUCUUGGGAAAGAUGGAUAGCAAGGUUUUCUCUACACAGGGCUUUUGACAGCUGCUGGGACUUCAAUCAGUGGUGUUUGAUCACCUUUCCUUCUCUUGAAGGUGAUACUGUGG